CGACAGUCGACCCCGAUUUGGAAGGAACAGAUGCGCUGGUUUUCUUGCAUUUAAAUGGUUUCAGUUAAACGGUUAGGGCUCACUGAUCUAACAAAGAAAUGGAUAAACAAAGAACGCUUCUAAUGCUGGGUGCCUAGCAACCAACUUUCAACAAAACCUCCACUUUGAAAAGCGAACCGAACUGUGAGCCAAAACUUGCACAAAAAUCGUGAACUGAUAAGAACCCGCCCUAUGUUUAAUUGUUUUGCAGAUUCCAGUUAAGAAUAAUUCAAUUACCCGAAAAAGAAUGGAUCGGCAAGAUCGUCCCAAAGGCAACCCGAACCCGCAAAAGGACCAAAAGGCCCGCUUGCAGAUGUUGCAAUGCGUUUCACCUUGGGGCAGUUAUCCAAAUUACUCAGAUUACGAGACCGAGGACGAGACUUUUGGUUUCGGGUCUAUGUCUCCUCCUUUGGUGCUGUACGAUUCACCGCCAGUUGGCAGAACUAGCAUUUUACCAAUUGGACAUGAGAUAACCUUCGGCACAUUGAAGUAUAGAUCCAUGCAGUAUAAGUGUUCCAACUCAAGCUCCACUUUCCAAUCACCACCCCUUUCAAAAGGCUAUGAUUUGGGCCAGAUCACAGCUGUUGAUGAUGAGCUGUUGGUUACAGAAUUGGACUUGGAGGAUUUUGUUUUGUUUUUAGAGUUUGGGUGUGUGACUGCCGCGCAAAUAGCUCACAGGCAUCAUGACAAUCUAAUCUUCCGAAAUGUACAGUACUUAUGCGCUCGGACUAGAUCAGCAAUUCUCAAACCGUGCAGCACUGUUUUGAAUAUCAACACGAAAGGCAUUCUUUGGGCGGCCAGGGACUCGAUCUACGCAUUCAUGAGUUUGAUUGAUUCCUGGCAAAUAAUGCGAGGCUACUGGGACAACAGAGAUGGUCGGGAUUCCGACAUAAUUCAAAAGAUGCUGUCUCAAGAGUUCAGGACAUGCUACCCCGAAUGGGAGAAGUUGACCAAAAAAAUGGCAGGUCACUUGAUGAACAUGUUUUACAAUUUGGAACAAGGCUUCAACGCUUCCAGCUCAAGGGCUAACUUGAAUAAACCGUCUCAGGUAAACCUAACAAAUAGCUCUUCCGAAGAAACUGUAGAAAACGAACUACCCUUUACCCGCUCCUCCGCAUCCUCUCUGACCAACUCCCCAAAAAUCACUCUCAAAGGCAUAAUCCAUUUGCCAGUAGUUUCGGCCUUUACCUGCUCCUCCGCAUCCACUCUGACCAAAUCCUCAAAAAUCACUCCCAAAGGCAUAAUCCAUUUGCCAGUAGUUUCGGUUAAAGAAACGGCCAACCCAGCUAAUCAAACCGUUCCAGAUUCCGACGCCGAGGAAAACUAUAAUCGCAAAUACUUGAGUGGCAAUAACCAUUUUUCAGAGGAUUUGGCCAUUUCCGAUCCGAAAAGAGUCUACAUGAAGCCUGGAGACUUUGUUCCCAAAAAGGCGAAAUACAUCACCAAAUAUGGAGCAGGGUACAUUGUGAAUUACUUGGUCAAGCGCGUAAUGGAGCUUGUUUGGGGGACUGAGGAAGAGGAGGACUUGUAUGAAAUCACAAGGAAACUUUUCGACGAAGAAUAUUUGAACAUGGAUGAAGUUGUCAGAGAUCUGAAAAAUGUAACUAAGAUGUGGGAUAAGCGUCGUCGGCGCAAAACUGGAUCGUUUACGCAAAGACUAGACUUUUUGCUUUUGCGCUUUUUUGCUUACAAUUUCGAUGUUUAUCGCAUUGAAGGGAGUUGGGUUGAAUAGAGAGAGAUAUAAAACGUUUAAGAUUUGGUUUCUCAAAGGGGACGGACCAACAAAAAACUUUAUAUUCAUAGUUUAAUCAGUUCAAGUGUUUUUAAUUAAAUUGUUUCAAUUAUUGGUGAUUUAUUGUUUUUUUUUGCUUCACCGAAAAUAAAUCUUUGUUGUUUUUUUUAUUUAUUUUUUUUUCUUGAUUUUUUUGCCCCACAUCUUAAUUUCAAUCAGAUUUUAACGUAAGUCAAGCCAGUUAA